AUGGUGCCACGAACUGGAAGGAGAUCUCGAGGCCGUCCAGGUAGCGUGACUCAGCUGAAGGCGUCACUAAGAUCGCACAGUCUUGUUUCGCCACCUAUUGAAAAAGAAAGGAUAAGCAUCCGAAACAGCCGCAAGCGACGCACGAGCGAGGGUUCGACGUGCGACAAGAGCGAGCCCGCGGAGCCGGUGCUCCCGCAGUCGCCGCAAGAGGACCGCGAGAACAAGGGCCCCCAGUUGGGCAAGCCGAGCAACAACAACCGUACCCCCCGCACCGCCGUCCUCGAGGAGGCGAAUUUGUCACCGGCGAGCCCCAUCGCGGCGACUAAGCUCCGCCAACGGCGCGUACCCGGUCUCAAGCCGACUAGCAGCACCCACCGCCCGGUAGCCGCCGACCAACAGCGCCCGGUACGCAGAAAGACCCGCCUGCAGCAGGAGGCCAAACUCGUUGACGAGAGGCCACCCUCCAGGAGGGAGCGACAAUCACUGCUCAGGCCCGCCAAGGAGCCCAACACCCAAGACAAAGCCCAGCAGCAGAAAAAGCUAAAAGAACAGGAGGAAGAAGAAGAGGAGGAGGAGGAGGAGGAGGAACCCGUGAGGGAGGACAGCAAGUCAAGGCAGGACUCGUUGAUCAAGCGGCUGAGGUCGAGUCUCCUGGCCGACAAGCGCCGAGCCGAGCGCAAGCCCAAGGAAGCCGGGGACGACCAGCCGAAGCUCGAGCCCAAAGAGGACGGCGACGAGGGCGCCAAGGACCAGAGUCCUGAAUCCGCACUUUUGCUCGGUGAGAGUGAGCUCUGCAAGGACGAGGAAAAGCAGAGCUGCUCGGGAGUCGUGAAGCUCGAGGAAGUAGCCAGGGUGGAUGGCAAGGACACGGCCAGCGAUGCCCUGCCCAAUGGCCAGCAGCGCCCAAAGUCCGAAGAAGAUUGUCUCGGCGAGGGACCAACGGAAGCCCCGACGGUGCGAGGAGCAUUUCUGUCCAAUGGUGACGGCAAUGGCUGCGGCGACACCGCCUCCCCGCAACUGUUGAAAGUCGAGGUCAAGGAGGAGGAGGAGGAGGAGGAGGAGGGAGGAGGGGAGAAAAAGAGGCCUACCAGCCGGAGCUCAUUAGAAACGGAAAAGGUCCGUCCGAGUGUGGACGGUAGACCGAGCGCCCUGAGCACCGGCGACCGCGGCCUGCUCCUCGAGCAGGAGCAGGAGCGAAGUCGCCACAACGAGAGUCCCGUCAUCCUCGUCGAGCGGCUCAACCACAACAAUCCCCGCCCGGCGUUGCCCCAAUCCUCCCAGCACCAUCACCAGCGUUAUCAGCAGCCAGCCCCGCCCCAGGUUGGAGCUGCCACCACCGUCGCUGGCUAUCGUCCCUCCCAAGCUCUGUUGCACCGCUACCAGCGGCGGGAGCGAUGA